CUAAAUUACCCCACAACUUUUUCUAAUAACAACCUGGAGGACACGGUAAGGAACCCAAACACAGAAUAACAAAACCCAAUAACGAAUCAAAAAUCAACAAAAUGAUUUAGAAACAACGAAGAAUUUCGCUUUCACUUCACAACGCUCUCUUCAAUUUCCAUUUCUCUGAUGUCAAAAGAUAAUAAUCCUACUAGUAAUAACUUGAAUUUUCAAAAAGGGGUUAAUGUGAAUGUGAAUGUGAUGAAUGAGAAUGAUGGUGUUGUUGGAAAUUGGUAUAGUUCAAUUGUUCAUCAAGUUUCAAUCUAUGGUGUUGCUGCUGGUUACUGUUUAUCUGCGUCUUUACUGUCAAUUAUCAACAAAUGGGCUGUCAUGAAAUUCCCUUACCCGGGAGCUCUUACCGCUUUACAGUACUUCACUAGUGCUGCCGGGGUAUUUCUCUGUGGAUGGCUUAAGCUUGUCGAACACGACAAGCUUGAUCUGAUGACGAUGUGGCGGUUUUUACCGGCUGCUGUGAUUUUCUAUCUGUCUCUUUUUACCAACAGUGAGUUGUUGUUGCAUGCCAAUGUGGAUACUUUCAUUGUGUUCCGAUCGGCUGUUCCGAUUUUCGUUGCGGUAGGGGAGUCAAUGUUUUUGCAUCGGCCGUGGCCGUCUUUGAAAACAUGGGCUUCGUUGGGUACGAUAUUCGCGGGAAGUGUGCUUUAUGUUGCGACUGAUUAUCAGUUUACGUUUGCGGCUUAUAUGUGGGCGGUGGCGUAUUUGGUUAGUAUGACGAUAGAUUUUGUUUACAUAAAGCAUGUGGUUACGACGAUUGAGUUGAACACUUGGGGUCUUGUGUUGUACAAUAAUAUUGAGGCUCUUAUGCUUUUUCCGUUGGAGUUGUUGAUAAUGGGUGAGUUGAAGAAGAUAAAACAUGAGAUCAGUGAUGAGUCUGAUUGGCACUCGUUUUCGGUGGUUUUGCCUGUUGCACUGUCGUGCUUGUUCGGUCUUGCAAUCUCUUUCUUUGGAUUUUCGUGCCGCAGGGCUAUUUCUGCAACUGGAUUUACCGUUCUUGGUAUAGUGAACAAGUUGUUGACUGUUAUGAUUAAUUUGGUGAUAUGGGAUAAGCACUCAACAUGGGUCGGUACAGUGGGUCUUUUGGUCUGUAUGCUAGGCGGGGUUCUGUAUCAGCAAUCAACAAGUAAACCGAAAGAUGUAAAUCAGGUAACUGCACAAGAAAACGAGGAGGAACAACUAAAGUUGCUUGAAAUGCAAGGCAAUUCUGAGACCAACAUUACUGAUAUCGAAGAUAAUAAAUCAAGGGAGGGAAAUUGAAAAUAUAUUCACGUAGCAAAAUUUCCGUACUGCCUUUAAAGUGUAUGUUGCACAGGUAUCCGAUUUAUAUGAUAUUAUCAUUUUUUCACACAAGUCAAUCCAAUAUUCGUUUACCAAUGAUAUCUCAAUGAAUGUCAAGCUCGUCAGAUUACAGUAUGCAGCGUUUUUCUUGGCUGUUAUAGUGUUAUGUUUUAAGUAAGAAACUAAAUGAUAGAUAAAACGAUUCUAGUAUGUACGGAUUGCAUUACUUUAUAGCGUUCUAUUUGAUAGACAAAAUGACUAUCGAUUUGGUUCUCUUA